AUGAUUAGCGCAACCUCCGAUCGGUACUAUGCUGCCAGCCCCUAUGAGGACUCCGACGCCUUGCGUUCGGAACCCCGCGAGCCGGGCGCGCGCCGGCGGAAGCUGGCUGGCUACCUCAAGGCGGCCAACGAGCUCCGGCAAACGUACCAGCAGCACUAUGCCCGCAGCUGGGGCGGAGGCGGAGGCCAGAUGGACUACCCCGAUGGUGAUGACACGCCUGGUGCCUUCCCCGACGCCGCCAUCGUCCGUAACGGCGACGAGGAGAUGGUGUUGUUCCCCAGCUAUGCGCGCCACCACGUCAAGCGCAAGCCUUCGGCGGUGCCAGGGACCAUCCAGGAACAAUCCGGGGCGGGGCGUGACGUGCGCGACACAACGGGGGCUGGCGAUGCCGAGUUUUGGAAGAAAGAAUGGGAGAAGCACGAGGACGACAGUGCCAUAGUGGACGUGGACGUGCGGGGCUGGAUCUACUCGCCGCACCGGGGCCAGAUGACGCGCAGGCACAGGCUGUUUGUCGGAUUGGCCCGGCAGCUGGUCGGCCUGCCCGCGCCCUCGUCCAAGUCCAGCGGCGCCAGCAGCCGCGACCCCAGCCCCGCGCGCUCGCACGUGCAAGAGGAGGAGCUGAUUGAGAAGGAGGCCAUGACUAUUAUGAAGAAGGGCGAGAACGAGGCGGCCAAGGCCGAGCGCGGAGGCUACAGUGAGGACCCGGCACGCUCCUCGGACAGCGACAGCGCCUACGGCUCCCGCUCGCGCCCGGCAUCCCGUCCGGCGUCACCCGUGAAAGACGGCCGGCGCGGACGCAUGGGUAACGAGUUGACGCCGGCCGACGCCUGCGGUGGUUCCGAUGACGCGCCCGGUGUAGGCAUACGAAAGCAGAGCUCGUGGAUUUCACCUUCGCAGAUGAACCCAGCCGAGCUGCAGACAGCGAACAACCACUUGAUGUCACGUCUAAAACCUUUCCUGGCCAAUCCGCUGGCCAACACGCCCAUUUCCGUUUUUUUCUACAACGACAAGAUAUCACGGCAACGCACGAUCUAUACCGAUAACUCUGGCCACUUUAGCGUCAGGGCCGCGCUGGAAUUCGUCCCCACGCAUGUCCGGAUCCUUGCUUCAGAGCACCUGUCGGCCACUACUGAGGUGGUCAUCACGGAGCCUCGGGGUAUCAGUCUCAUCAGCGACAUUGACGACACGAUCAAGCACUCGGCCAUUAGCAGCGGAGCGCGUGAGAUUUUCCGCAAUGCCUUCAUCCGUGAACUCGGCGAUCUUACCAUCGAUGGCGUACGGGAGUGGUAUAAUAUCAUGUUCGACAGGGGCGUCAAGUUUCACUACGUCUCCAAUUCACCAUGGCAGCUGUUCCCGGUCAUUCAAAAGUAUUUCCGCCUGGCUGGACUACCCCCCGGAUCUUUCCACUUGAAGCAGUACAGCGGCAUGCUACAGGGCAUCUUCGAGCCAGUUGCCGAACGUAAGAAGGCGACGCUCGACAGGCUCGCGCGGGAUUUUCCUGAACGGAGCUUCAUCCUUGUCGGAGACAGCGGCGAGGCGGAUCUGGAAGUGUACACAGACUUCGUGCUGGACAAUCCGGGACGGGUGGUCGCGGUGUUCAUUCGUGACGUGACGACUUCGCCUCGAUUCUUCGACAGCUCCAUGGGACCCAUGGCGGGUGAAAAGGGCAAGAAGUCGCGGCGAAGCUCGAGAGUCGGCACGCGGUCAGCACGGUCAUCCAAGGCAUCCGAGGACGACGACCCCGAGUUGCGGGCCGCGAUCUUGGCCUCGUUGCGCGAUAUGAAGCAGUCGGAGGGUAAAUACGACUGGACGCCGAGCCACAGCCCCAACGGGAGCAUGAGCGACGCUGCGGAGAACAGGCCGGCGCUGCCCACGCGCAGGCCGACGGAGCCGCCGGCGCCAGAGGCACAUCGCAUGUCACCGAACUUGAUUGAUCUAUCAGACGACGAUGAUUCGAACACGGUCACUGCCCCGCCGUUCACGCGCGCCCAUUCCGACCCGGCUUCAGAGAACAGCAUACUGUCACCCAUUGAGGAGGCGCCCCUGCAGCGGCGGAACGCCGUCAAACGCUUAUCUGGGGCGCCGGUGGUGCCGAGGAAGCCCAUGGCGCUGCGCAGCCCGUCACAAGAAAACCUUCAAUUACUAGGCGGACGCCAAUCGCCGGUCCUGGGCCGGUCUCCAUCGCCUAGGAAGCGCUCGCCGGUGACGGGAGGAGUGGGCAAGCCGCCGCCCCCGCCAAUUAGGCGGCCUUCGACGUCUGUCAAGGCAAAGCCGGCACGGUCAGGGAGCCCGCUUUCACAGCCACCGCAUGUGCCUGAGCUGCCGCGGGAUGUGGUCACGAAGUAUGCGAAUAGUACGGGGUUGGGGACUGGUGCUGCAGGGAAUAGAUUGGGGGUUGGGGGUAUUGGGAGUGGCAGUAGUCGGCCAGCAACGGCGACGGCAUGGAAAGAGACGAACUGGGGCGAGCCGACGAUACGGCCGGUGACAUCUUCUGCCUCGACAACUACGAUAUCCUCCUCUGCGUUACCUAAGAAGACGCCACCACCUCCGCCGCCGCCGCGGAGGACGGGCACGUCAGGGAGUGUUGGGUCAAGUAGCGGGAAGGACUACAUGAGCAGCCACCUGAGCAACAACGCCAACUCGGCAAUGCAGAACAGCCGGCAGCCGUACAGCAGCAGCAGCAACAACAACUACUACGAGGAGCCGCCGCCAGGGCUGCCGCUGACGAAGCGCACGACCAACAGCUCGCAGAUAUCGGUGGGCAGCACGGCGUCGUACUCGAACGGCGGCGGCGGGAGCGCGACAGGCGGCGGCAGCGGCAGCAAGCGCGAGGAGCUGUGGCGCAAGCGCUGGAACCGGGCGCAGAGCCUGCUGGCGGAGCGCGGGGUGGUGCUGCGGGCGUGGCGGGUGGGCGCCGACGUGAGCGACGAGGCGGCGCGCUUGAUUGAGGAGUGCUUGGAGCGGCAGAGGGAGGAGCGUCGCGAUAGCGAGGGGAGGGAACUCUUGCUGGGACGGGGGCGCCGGUUGGAGGGGUAG